AACGAAACAGAACCGUGACAGUUCACGAAGACCCUGACGUCCUUUCUUCUUUCCUUCACACGACAAACAAUUCUCUUCGACCUCUUGAUGUUGCCUUCUGUUUAGUAAAGUUCGUCCACUUACUUUCAUGUGUCGUGUCGUCUGAAGCCGUCCAUUGUCACUGCUGUCUAGGAAGUUUAUUCAUCACUCAGCAGGAUUUGUUGGUAGUUGUGAAGGGCUUGUUGCAGCAAGUCAGUCCACCAUUAUUGUUUUUGAAGCGAAAGAAGCUAUCACGUCCAGCUUCUUUGUUAGAUUUUCACUUGCGAGGAGUACACUUCUUGAGCAAUGGGUGCUUGUGAUGCUUGCGGCGGGGGAGGUGCCUUCAUGUCCAUGCUGGGGUUUGGGUCAUUUGGAGCACCCAUCAAGAGUGAAGCUGCAAAGAGUGUUGACGUGGAUCCCUUGGUCUUUCAGACAUACAAGACGUUCAUGUGUUUCAUGACAUCAUGGUUGGUGUUGGCAUUUGGAGAACCGUUUACUUUUACGCCUUGGGGAAUUGCUUCCGCAUGUUUUUGGGUUCCCAGUGGCGUAGCUGCCAUUGCUGGAAUUAAAAUGGCUGGAUUGGCAGUGGCCAUGGGAACCUUGUCGAGCUUUAUUGUCCUAGUCAGCUUUACAUGGGGGAUUUUCGUCUUUGACGAACAAAUACAUUCGCGUCGAAUGGCAUGCUUUGCCAUUUUUCUCAUGAUGAUGGGAUUGGUUGGAAUGAGCUACUAUUCAUCACUGGAAAAGGAAGAGGAGGAGCAACAACCACAAUCCACAGAAAAUCCCACCACAUCUCUUGACAUCCCGGAAAGCUCCACCGAAUAUCAACCACUGGCCGACAACAGCAAUGACGAGGAGGAAGCGCACGAUGCACAAAGUAGAUCUGCCAAGACGGAAGUAACGGCGGAAACUUGUGCGGAAUCAGGCGUCUCGAGAGAACCUCUGAUUCCAUCCGAUCAAGAGGAUCACAACAAUGACGCAAUGCCAGGAAAUCCAUCCGACUACAUGCUGCUUUUCGGUACUCGUGUCCAUCGACGGGUCGUGGGUAUCGCGUGUUCUGUAUUCUGUGGGAUUUGGGGUGGAAGCAUCAUGGUACCCGAAAAAUUUGCAAAGGCCAAUGAUACUGGAGUUGGCUACCUGAUAAGUUUCGGCAUUGGAGCGGCAAUUGUCACGGCAGCACUAUGGGUGUUUCGAUUUGGAUACAAUUACCAACGGUUUGGCUCUGCGACUGCAGCAUACUAUGCAUUGCCAUCCAUGCAUAUCAGGGUCAUGUGGUUGCCUGGCUGUACCGCUGGCCUGCUUUGGAGCAUUGGAAACUUUGGCAGCUUGAUCUCUGUCAAGUACCUCGGAGAAGGCGUUGGUUAUUCCAUUACUCAAACUGCCAUGUUGGUGUCUGGUCUUUGGGGCAUCUUCUAUUUCAAGGAAAUCAAAUCCCCAGAUAUCAUUGGCAAGUGGUUCCUUUCGGCAUCGUUGUGUGUUUUGGGCAUUAUCUUGCUGUCCUACGAGCACCAUGAAAAGUGAGAUUGAACGUAUAGUAUCAGAGGAAGAACGAAGCAUUUAGACCUUAUACAACAAACGAACAACAACUGAUACACGAGUUUUCUUUUGGAUUGUCAUGAACAAGCUACAAGUAGAGCGAGUCGAGUCGAGUCGAAUCAUAGAGACGCUGAAUCGAAUCGUUUGCAAAGCUAGCUCGAGAGAGUGCCCGGCAUCUUCUACUACGCAGAAGUACAGUGGAAAACACCCAGACAAACUUUCUUGUAAGCAAUCCAAUUAGCUAUAGUACAUCGUUUAGUUAUGUGCAUAUAUAUCAAACAGGG